AUGAUGCCAACUCAACUAGUACAGGACAAUCACGCUAAUGACGUGCGAGUGAAGACUGUGUAUAGUGGAGAUGUGAUGAUAACUUAUAUCAACCAUAACAUAACUCUUGAGGAGUUUACGCAGGAGAUGAUAGCGAUAUGUAGAUUCAUGCCAGAUCAGGUUUUCACAAUGAAAUGGGUGGAUGAAGAAGGUGAUCCCUGUACUAUUUCAACCCAGCUGGAGUUGGAUGAAGCUUUGCGUCUUUAUGAGCUGAAUCGAGACUCGGAGCUCACAGUUCACGAAGAGGGGUGCGGUAUAUUUAAUAUUACUCGAGUGCGAGCUCCCUGCGCCGCUAAGACUACGGGUGCAGGCAUAAAC